AUGCCGAUCGCAACCACCAACGAAGUCAUCGAGAGCGCCGUGAUCCGCGCGCCCCUCUCCCACGUCUGGCACUUCAUCAAGCUCGCUGAGUUCCCCAAGUGGUACUCCCAGAUUAAGCAAGCCGAGCACAUCGUCAAGGGCGUCAGCGACGAGACGGACGUGUACAAGUGGACGUUCAAGGACGGGAGCGUGGUGGAGAUCAAGCAGGAUGAGCACAGCAACCUGGACCACUUCAUCACCUACAGUGUCAUCAACAGCGAGCCCGAGCUGAGCUACUCGAGCGUAGUCAGCACGAUUCGAUGCUGGCCCGUCACGUCGGGCGAGUUUGAGGAGAGCACUUUUGUGAGGUGGACUUCCAAGUUUGCGAGCGAUGCUGAUAUUGGUGUUAUCGAGGAUGCCAAGUACAAGCGACGGGAUGCGUUGAAGGACCUUGCGGCUGCGGCACAGAAGAUGGUGAAGGAGCAUCAGAAGUAA